AUGGCAAAGCUUGCCCAAAUGCAUCCCUGUUUACUGGUAGUCUUGCUGUUCGCCGGCUGGACGCUCGCGAAAACAGUUACUUACGAUUUCAAUGUCUCAUGGGUCAAUGCAAACCCGGAUGGUUUGCUAGAGAGGAAAGUCAUCGGCAUUAACGGACAGUGGCCGCUGCCCGUCAUCGAGGUCGACAAGGGUGAUCGCCUGGUUGUCAAUAUGUACAAUGGCCUAGGUGAUAAAAACGCUAGUAUUCACUUCCACGGUAUGUAUCAAACGGGAACCAGUGAUAUGGACGGGCCAUCUAUGAUCACUCAGUGUCCUAUUGUCCCCGGACAGAGCUUCACAUAUAACUUCUCCAUCGAUCAAAACGGCACCUACUGGUACCACUGCCAUACCGACUUCUGCUACCCCGAUGGCUAUCGUCAAGCUCUCAUUGUCCACGAUGAAGACAGUUACUUUCGUGAUUUAUACGAGGCAGAACUCACCUUGACCGUUAGCGACUGGUACCAUGACUUGGUGGAAGAUAUUCGGUUUCUGUCGCUGUACAACCCGACCGGCGCUGAGCCCGUGCCCAAUUCCUUCCUGAUGAACGAUGCCCAAAAGUCGAGUUUUCCUGUCAAGCCCAAUACCACCUAUCUGAUAAGGUUUAUCAAUAUCGCCGCCUUCGUUGGACAGUACAUCUAUAUCGAGGACCAUACAUUCAGGAUUGUUGAGGUAGACGGUGUAUAUACCGAGCCUGCAGAGGCAGAUAUGCUGUAUCUCGCCGCCGCCCAACGAUACGCUGUUCUCUUAACCACCAAGAAUUCGACGGAGAAGAACUAUCCUAUUGUCAUGGUGGCCGAUGCUGAGCUUCUCGAUUCGAUCGCCCCAACGCUACAACUAAAUAACACCAACUGGUUAGAAUACAAUGCUUCCGCACCACACGUUGAAGCAGUCGUGCAGGUCGAUUCCUCAGCUGAUCUCGUACCAUUCGAUGACAUCAACCUCAUUCCAUCUGACGGCAUGGCACUCCUUCCGGAGCCCGACCACGAGAUCGAGGUGACGGUUGUUAUGGGUAACUUGCGGAACGGAAUUGGGUACGCAUUCCUGAACGACAUAACCUUCAAUGCUCCCCAAGUCCCUACACUGUACACUGUGAUGUCUUCUGGCAACCUCUCCACCAACGAAGCCAUCUACGGCGAAUACACACAGCCAAUGGUGCUCAAGCACAACGAGGUCGUGCAGCUUGUCCUAAACAACAAUGAUACCGGUGCCCAUCCCUUUCACCUACACGGCCGGAACUUCCAAGUCAUCGACCGCGCCCCUGCCUAUGGCAAACACUUCUACGACUACCACGAUAUUGAUCCAGUGCCAUUUGAUCCCAACAACCAUUCGGCUUUUCCGACGGUCCCAUCCCGUAGAGAUACCUUCGUCGUCCCACCGCAUGGACAUUAUGUCAUUCGCUUCGUCGCCGAUAACCCGGGCGUCUGGCUGUUCCAUUGCCAUAUCGACUGGCACCUGGCGCAGGGAUUAGCCAUGGUCUUCAUUGAGGCUCCUGACGCGAUCCAGCUGACUCACCAUAUCCCCCAACAGCACUAUGAUGUGUGUCGCGCUGCUGGGGUACCGAUUGAGGGCAACGCCGCAGCGAAUACCAAGGAUUUACUUGAUCUCUCUGGCCAGAAUACGCAGCUGCCGGGUUUGCCAUCUGGUUUCACGGCUCGCGGCAUUGUCGCGUUUGUCUUUUCGUGUAUCAGCGCUUUUCUCGGUAUGGCAUUUAUCAUUAUAUAUGGCUUAUCCGAGCCCCAGGCACUCCAAAAGAAAGAUUCCGCCGAUGAGGACGUCACGCAUGAGAGUGUUCCUGCUGGCAAUGCCGAGCAAAAGACCGCUGCUGCGUAG